AAGCGAGACAGCCAAUUCAGAGGAAUGUAAUUUUCUGGCUCGGGUGAUUGAGAACCCAGUGUGGAGCCCGCGACCGGAAGCAGUGCGGGGGCGGGACUUCAUGCCGGAAGUGCUUGUAGGCUGUUGUUUCUGUUGGCAGCGUGGCUGGUGGGAGAUGCCCCGUCCACCUGAGGCUCGGAAACGGAGUGAAAGUUUGCGUUUCGAAGGCAGUUUGGUGCUGGGGCGUUGCGGCUGUCUCGCAGCCAGAUCAUGGGCUCGACCAAGCACUGGGGAGAAUGGUUCUUGAGCCUGCGGGUGCCCCCCGCCGGGGUAUUUGGUGUGGCCUUUCUUGCCCGAGUCGCCUUGGUCUUCUAUGGGGUCUUCCAGGACCGGACUCUUCUCGUGAGGUACACAGACAUCGACUACCAAGUCUUCACGGACGCCGCCCGUUUCGUCACCGAGGGGCGCUCCCCUUAUCUCAGGGCGACCUAUCGUUACACUCCACUGUUGGCGUGGCUACUCACUCCUAACAUCUACCUCAGUGAACUCUUUGGAAAGUUUCUCUUCAUCAGCUGCGACCUCUUCACCGCUUUUCUCUUAUACCGCCUGCUGCUUCUUAAGGAGCUGGGUCGACGCCAGGCUUGCGGUUACUGUGUCUUUUGGCUUCUUAACCCCCUCCCUAUGGCGGUAUCCAGCCGAGGCAAUGCGGACUCGAUCGUCGCCUCCCUGGUGCUUAUGGCCCUGUACCUAAUAGAAAAAAGACUCGUCGCGUGUGCCGCUGUAUUCUACGGUUUCGCAGUGCAUAUGAAGAUGUAUCCAGUGACCUAUAUCCUUCCCAUAGCUCUCCACUUGCUUCCGGAACGCGACAAUGACGAAAGCCUCUGUCGAUCCCGGUACUGCUUCCAGGCUCGUUUUUACGAAUUCCUGAAGAGGCUGUGUAAUCGGGCUGUGCUGCUCUUUGUAGCAGUUGCUGGACUCACAUUUUUUGCCCUGAGUUUCGGUUUUUACCAUAAAUAUGGUUGGGAAUUUCUAGAGCACACUUACCUUUAUCACUUGACUAGGCGGGAUAUCCGUCACAACUUUUCUCCAUACUUCUACAUGCUGUAUUUGACCGCAGAGAGCAAGUGGAGUUUUUCCCUGGGAAUUGCUGCAUUCCUACCACAGUUCAUCUUGCUUUCAGCAGUGUCUUUCGCCUAUUAUAGAGACCUUGUCUUUUGUUGUUUUCUUCAUACCUCCAUUUUUGUGACUUUUAACAAAGUUUGCACCUCCCAGUACUUUCUUUGGUACCUCUGCCUACUACCCAUUGUGAUGCCACGAGUGAGAAUGCCUUGGAAAAGAGCUGUAGUUCUCCUGAUGUUGUGGUUUAUAGGGCAGGCCUUAUGGCUGGCUCCUGCAUAUGUUCUUGAGUUUCAAGGAAAGAAUACCUUUCUGUUUAUCUGGUUAGCUGGUUUGUUCUUCCUUCUUAUCAACUGUUCCAUCCUAAUUCAAAUUAUUUCCCAUUACAAGGAGGAACCCCUGACAGAGAGACUCAAAUAUGACUAAUAUAUAUACUCCAGUUCUUCUGCCACUUCUAUUACAUUCUGAUUGUUCUUAAUGGACCAGAAGAAUGCUUGGAAAAAAUUUUAUUUAAUUUCUGACGAAAAUUAAAAUGAGUAUUUGCCUCACAAAGAGGACUUAAUAAUUGAGGUCCAUCCUUUAGGAAAUUUUAGGACCCAUUUAUCUGGGAAUGGUGGGAAGUAAAGCUUACUUGUUUGAAAGUGGAAGAGCUGAUGAAGCUGUCAGAUGCUAAAAGGUUUUUGUAGGAAAAUACAGCAAUAUAGUCAGAGACAUAAGGUCUAAGCCAGUAUUUGUUCCAUUUAUGGUAUGCUACUGUCUGAAGCUCUUAUCUUUUUAAAGUUUUCCUGAUAGCUAUGAAGACGCAAAAUAUUCCUAAAGUACAGCUUUUAGAUAUAAAGUGUUAAAUAAUACUACUGUGCUUAGGUUGAGAAAGUUAAUUCUGUAUUAAAAGCGGAGGCAUAGAUAAAGAAUCCAAAGAAUUUAAAUUGUAAUCAUGUUUCAUGUAUUUGCUUUAUAAUUUAGUUCUUCAGCACUUAGUCCCAGUGGAAUUAGACUAACAUUUGGUUUUAUAAAAAGAUUAAAUUCAUCCAUCUUUAAACUUGAGUUAUUAGAUAUUUUAAAAUAGCGUCUUGCUUUUGAUAUUUGAGGUCCACAAACGAUUAGGACAUUUUCAUGUUAUACCCCAUUGUUUUUAAUUUUCUGGUUGUUAAAAAAAUAUUUUUCAUCUUAAAUUUAAGCCCAUCAGGUGUUACUUGUGUUGUAAAAGUGAAUGUUAGCAGAUUUUAGGUGAUAAAAAAAUCAAAUUGUUAGGCAUUUCACAGCUUAAAAUUACCCCACUUAAAAAAUUUCAUGGUAGAAAUGAAGACUUAUUUGGGAGGCCCCUGGAAAACAUGAGGCAUCCUAAGUAUGCAUUAGUCUUCUAGACCAGGAAAUUGAGGGAGAGAUUGUGGAAAUAAGGCUUUGCAGAUUCAUUUCCCUUAUUACUAUAAUAAUUCUGGGAAAAAGUGCUUUCAACCAAACAACCUAAAAAAUUUUUUAAAAUCUUGCCCAUUAGAUUGGGGACUCCCUAACUCUAAACUGUAAUAGCAAUAUAUGAGUUUGAUUUUAUGGUUGUGAUUUUUAAAGUUGAGUAAUUUAAUAACAUUGUUCUUUCACAGUGAAACACCAAACCAAAACAAAAAAAACUCCAGAGAAGUAUGUUUCACGUUGGGUAAGACCUACAAAAGCCUUUGAGAACAAGAUGUCUGUAGGCUGGUCAUAAUUAAGAAUGCUGUUACUGACACCAUUUAGAUGGAUAUCUUUGAGACCUGCCAUUAGAAGGGAAGAAUGGGUGGCUUUGCAUAGGUUGCUGUUUGGGUGAAAAUGGCAGAGAAUUAAUUGUUGAGUACAGUAGUGACCUUUCUUCUAACAUCUAGUCUCAUAUUCCACAUUAGGUUUUAUCUUGAGGGCUCUUUGUAUAUGACUUCACUAAUUGCCUUCCAGCCAUGGAAUUCUUACCUUUUUUUUUUUUCAUAAUAACGAAAAAAUUUUGGGAGCAGAACUGGUGGGGCAAAGGAUGGGAAACAGAAGUAGAAUUCCAAUUUCUCAAUAUAAUUGUCUUUUUGAUAUUCCCAACUUUUAAAAAAUAGUUAUAAGUAUAUUUACUUAUUCAUUUACUUAUUUUUUUACUUUAACAUUUUUUGUUGUGGCUCACUCUUCAUACUUGCAUUGAAAUUGCCAAAUAAUAUUUCAUCACAUAGAUGUUUACCUUGUAAAUGCAUCAUUCUUCCACUCAUCAUUAAGAUUGAUUCUAAUUUUUAGUAUUCUAAAUAAGAUUUAAAAAUUUUCCAUAUUUUAGAUCAUUCCCUUAAACAUUCUUAAAAGUCAAUUGAGUUUUGUUGGGGUCUCUGGAGGGAAUUUCAACUCCAGAUCCUGCCUUGAAGGAAAUUCUCUACCAAAGAACUGCAGGCAUUUCUUAAAAGAUGCAGAGUAUUUUGCAAAAAGUUUAGUAAAUUAACUCAAAUUAUUUUCUUUGGUCUCAGUUUGUUUGUUUGUUUGUUUGUUCUGAUUUUCUAGUUUUAUAAAAUCUCUUCAUUUGCUAUUUUUUUUUGUUUAUUGGUUCUUUAAUCACACCUUAAAAUUGUAUAGCGCUUUGACUUAUUUCCUACAUAAUUCUUUUUGUUCUUAUACCACACCUUAAGAUCAAUAUACCCAUUUACAGAUAAGCAUUAAUUAUUAACAUGAGGAUUGGUUCUCAAGAUAGUCUGUGUUCUAAACAGAGGGGACUACAUAACUUACUUUCUUCUGUAGUUGCCUUAAGGUUUUCCAAAUGUGGUCCCUAAAUAUCCCUAAAUAAAUUCCCUGGAUUAGGGCCAUUGUAAAGGCUAAUAUAUCCCCUACCUCCACACAAAAGAAUCUCUUUCUUAAAACCAUAGAUUUUAGUUACUGACUUCUUAGCAUCUGUCUGAAUGACUCUGUAAAUGACAUAGUUUCAAAAGUUUUGUGGGACUUGAAGUUAAUUGACUUACGGCUUAAUAUAGAAUAUAUUUCCUCAGCUGUUUCUGCACUACCACUCCCACCUCAAACAAUCUGUACCAUGAGUGGAAAAGGAAAAGAUGAAAAAUUUCACAGGGGUAGUCCCUAAAUGCAACCUCUUUCCCCCCAAUACUUUAUUAUCAACACUUUUAAACAUUACCCAUCUGCCUUCCAUCUAAGUUCAACAAUUAACAUUUAGCCAUAUUUGCUUUGUUUAUAUUAUUUUGUUUAUAUAAUAUUUUUCUGAACCAUGGGAAGUUGCACACAUCACUGAACUUCACCACAAAAUACUUGAGUGUGCAUCUCCUAGAAAUAUUGUCUUAAAAAUCUAUAAUGUUAUUGAAUACAAUUUAACAUCCUGUCCAUUUUCAAAUUCUCCAAUUUCGUGUUUAAUCUUAAAGAACAGAUAGAUACUCUUGGAUCUUAAAGAUACCCUGAAAGAUACCACGAUAGAUAAUCCAUAAUUAAGAAGUUUGGAUCUUUUCCUGGUCUUUAAAACAGACAAAAGGGAUUUACUUCCCAUCAAGUUGAACAAAUAAUUUUUUUGUGUAAGUCUUUCUGCCUCCUAAGAAAACAUAGGGUAGUAAUCAUCCCUAAGAAGUUUUCCAGAUAAAAGAUUGUAUGUGUUUGGAUUCCUAAUGUCCACCCCCUGCCAAAAAAAACAAAAACAAAAAAACACCUGAUUAGCUGAUUUUACAUCUUGAUGAUGGUAAGUUCUGGCUUUUCAUGAUUAACUGAUUUGGAGUACCUAUUCUGCGUUAUGUGGUUUCAUGCAAUUUUCACAGCACCACCUUAGAGAUGGUAUUCACCUUCUACAUUUUAUAGAUGAACAAAGAAGCUCAAAGAUUAAAUGACUUACUGAUAAGUGACAGCUAGAAUUUGAAGUGAGUUUCCCUGACUAAAUGUCAUACCCUUUCCACUGUAUUAUGUUUUGGAUUUUUCCAAAGUGUCCAGACCCAACAGAUGAAGAUUGCUAUUGGAAUAUAAAUGGAAUUCAACACUAAUAAAUGUUUUGCCAACCAA